UUCCGCUGCCCCCGGGCAGCUUCCCCCGCGGAGAGCGCGGCGUCGUCCCGCGGCUCCUACCUUCCAGCACCGAGCAGACUUUGCGCAGGGCCAUUGUCUCCCGGCGGGCCGCGGCGGCGACUCCGCGGAGGCGGCGAUCAGCGGCGCUCCAUGGCCGCGGCGGCCCCCCGCGAGGGCGCUGUGGCCCGCGGCUACGGCUCGGCCGGCCCCCGCCCGCCCGCGGCCAUGCCCGGCCCCCCCCGCGCGGGGCGCGCUCAGCCUCCGCCGCCCGAGCCCGGAGCCGCCUCGCUCAGUCCCAUCUAGAGCGGGAGGCGGCGGGGGCCGUCGGGGCUGGGCUGCCGCGGGGAGCGGCGGGGGGCUCCCCGUGGAGAGGGCCGAGCGCAGCCCGCCGGUUCACAGCCCGACUGAAGCGGCUGCCGGUGGAUGAAGCUCGUUUAAGAUGUGAGGGGUGUUUGCUUGGCUGAGCCGCUUGUACGCAUGUGCCCGCCCCCCGCGGAGCCCCGCGAGCAGCCGCAGCCGGCGGGGCCGCUGCGCUCCUCCCGCCCGGCAGGUACCGAGCGGGGGCGGCCGCCGCCCUCGCCCCGUCCGGCGGAGCGAAUUCGGCGCCGGGGGCUCCUCCGCGCGGGAGGCUCCGGGGCGGUGCUCCCGCCCGGCUGACGGGGUUUUCCCGGCUGCCGAGAGGAGCCCGGCUCGCCACUCCGAUAUGCGGUGGCUCGGGCGAAUGUGGGUCCCGUCAGCCGCCUUUGUCGGGCAUCGCAGCGGCUACGGUCGGGGUGGAAGGCGGCCGGUGCCCUCCUCCCCUUUCUCCUCCCGUUCCUCGUGGCAGGGCCCGCGCGGCGGUAGCCGCCCGUAUGGCUGCGUUGUGCCGCUCGGAGCCCGAGCUACGAGAGGAGCCCAUCGCACUCUAUUGUGCUGCUGUCGUCUGACGAGAGACAGCUCAAAUGGAGCUAUUACUUUCGAGAAGUUAAUAAAAAGGCGCACCCAGCCCGCCGCGUGCCAUCCCCGCCGCGAUCCGUGGCAGCGGGUUAGCUCGCUAGGGGAGCUGGCGCUCGGGGAAGAGCCCGAGGUGGGGCGGGGGCACGGCGGGGGCUGGCCGCCCCUGCCCAGGGGGCGAUUGUUUCAACUUUCCCGUAGGCAGCACGGGAAUCUCGGCGUAGGACGGCUUUCCCCCGCACUGCCGAUCUGGGGCUGCGGCGUGUUCGGGGUUCCGAAGCUCCAAGCAGGGCCGCUCGGGGCCGGGCGCGGAGCGCAGCGGCAGCCCCGCAGCUGCGGGACCGCGCCUUCCCCGCGGGCUGCGGCCGGAGCCGCUCCGCGCGGCGCCUCUGUGCGGCUCCCGGCGGCUGUUGGGGGCGGCCGGGGCUCGGGCACCUCGCAGGGGCGAUGUGGAACCCAUCCAACAGACAACAAUAGACGCAGAACUGCAACUUGCAGCUCCGGCUGUGCGAGCGAGUGGGCCGCUCUCGAACGCGGUUGCGAGAUGCGAAGCCGAUUCCCUCGUGGUUUGGUGCUUUGUGUUUGAAUGAGUUCUUCCUACGACGCUCAAAGCAGAGAUGAUC